UUCCAGCAAUUGAAAAACAAAAACUCUCAAGAGAUGGAUAAGUGUCUUCUCCUCUGCUUCCUUUUGUUUUCAGCUUAUAGUUACGUCUCAGCUCAUUAUUAUCCACCCAAAAAUACCCUAGUAUCAAGCGUGACCAAGAACACCAUCUUACCUAUCUUCACUUUCACACUCAACACAAACGAAGAAUAUUUCAUCCAUAUCGCUGGUCCCUACCUAGUUCGCAGCUGUAAUGAUGGUCUCCCUCGUCCCAUCAUCCCUUGCGGCUCCUCCACAUGUGCUCUCACUCGUAGAGUCAGCCCUCACCAAUGUCCUCCUCCACAAAACGCUAUCAUCAAUGGAAGAUGUGCUUGCCAAGCAACAGCUUUUGAGCCGUUCCAACGUCUAUGUAACUCAAACCAAUACACCUAUGGAGAUUUUGCCAUGUCUUCCCUAAACCCUAGAUCUCCCUCCUUCACGUUCAACAACGUGAAGUACCUUUGCAUCCCCAAGCCGUUCCUCGGAGACUUCCCUCCUGGUGUUUUGGGCCUCGCGGGGCUUGCACCCACGGCUCUCGCCACGUGGAACCAGCUGACUCCACCGAGACUAGGGCUAGAGAAGAAGUUCGCGUUGUGUCUGCCUUCUGAUGCGAACAAAGGUGCUAUUUUCUUUGGUGGAGGUCCAUACAAGCUCGGAAACAUUGAUGCAAGAUCCAUGCUAACUUACACUAAACUGAUCAAGAACCCUAGAAGACUCAACAAUUAUUUCUUGGGGCUCAAGGGUAUUUCCGUCAACGGGAAAAAGAUCUUGCUUGCGCAAAACGCUUUUGAUUUCGACGGCAAGGGUGACGGAGGCGUGACUCUGAGCAGCGUAAUCCCUUUCACUACGUUACGUAGCGAUAUAUACAAAGUGUUUAUUAAAGCAUUCUCAAAAGCCACGUCAGAUAUUCCACGUGUCAAUAGCACAACACCUUUGGAGUUUUGUCUGAAGUCAGCGGAACAUUUCCAAGUGCCUCGGAUCGAUCUGAAGUUAGCUGAUGGGAAGAUUUGGAAAGUGUCUCCGGCAAACUCGAUGAAGAAAGUCAGUGAUGACGUGGCUUGCUUGGCUUUCCUCAACGGGGGAGAUGCGGCGGCGCAGGCGGUUGUGAUCGGAAUGCAUCAGAUGGAAAACACUUUGUUAGAGUUUGACGUUGGGAGAUCCGCUUUUGGAUUUAGCUGUUCUUUGGGUUUGGUCAAUGCUUCGUGUGGUGACUUUCAAACAAAGCCAUGAGAAAGUCAAAUGAACUUGAUGGUUGACAUUCUCUUGUGAUUGUGUUUGUUAUUGAUUAUUUAGAACAUUGGUUUUUAAUUUUCCUUUCAAGUGUGUUUUAAAUAUAUUUGUCAAUAAAGAAAUGAA